CAGUCAUCACAUACAUACCCAUCUCUUCUCCGUUUAAAAGACCUCGCUCCUGUCUCUCAAGAAACACCGAGAGAGAGAGAGAGAGAGCGAGAGAGAGAGAGAGAAAGAGAAUGGGCAGCUUUUCAUCUGGAAUUCAAAACCCUAACCCUAUUGUUCCGGAGGAGACGAUCGAAACCGAAGAACCGUACCUCUCGACGGACGAAAGGAAACCCCAGAGGAACGGAAUGAGGAAAUGGUCGAAGAAGAAGAAAAAGAGCCAGGUGUUGCUGGAAGGGUACGUCACGACGGACGAGGGGGAAGAGGUGCAAGAGCAGAAGGGGGUGGUGUCGAGGACGAAGAGUCUGACGGACGAGGAUCUUGACGAACUGAAGGGGUGUUUGGAUCUCGGAUUCGGUUUCAGCUACGAAGAGAUUCCAGAGCUCUGCAACACUCUACCGGCGCUCGAGCUCUGCUAUUCCAUGAACCAAAGGUUCUUGGACGAGCAGCAGCAGCAUAAGUCUCCGGAAGCUUCGGUGGCGUCUCCGGCGGAUAAUUGUGUAGCGGUGUUGAGCCCCAUCGCUAAUUGGAAGAUUUCCAGCCCUGGUGACCAUCCGGAGGAUGUGAAAGCAAGGCUGAAAUUUUGGGCGCAGGCAGUGGCAUGUACUGUUAGGCUAUGCAGCUAACGUCGGCGCCAAUGUUUGAGUUCAUGAAUGCAAAUGGAGAAUAUGCCUUUGUUUAAUGGAGAUUGAUAGCUUGAAAAGGCCUUUUUGUAGAGUGAUUUCUCUGCUACUGCUGGUGCCUCCAUGAUCGCUGCCACUGGGAUAUGGCCUCUCCCGGCAUUCAUUUGCUAGGAGAGAGCCUGGGUUGGGAUCUGGUAAGGAGGAGAUGGUGGCUGAGAGACAGGUCCAAGCAAGUGAAAGAAGAAGAGCAAGAAAGAGGAACUAAAAACCCGACUGAGUCUGACCUAUACACCUCAGAUGCAUAUGCAGUGACUAGGAUGUUUUUUCUAAAGAUGAUUAAGCUGAAAAAUAAAUAUUUUUCUUCUUCACUUCA